UCAAUAGCCAAGAGCCACACUAAUGAGUAAUGGGUGGCCGCUUAAUUAUCAUAUAAACUUAUUGCGCUAGAUUGUGUGGAUUGUUUAUGUCAAAUAAAAAAAAAAAAAUAACAAAUAUUAUCAAGUCAAUAAUUCAUACGACACGUACUAUAUUACAAUGAUAAUAUUCCGUGCGAAAAUAGAAUCCUCGUACAAGUAUAGCGAGUUAACAAUUAAUAUUAAUUAAUUAUAAAAACGCGAGUAAACACUAAUAAUUUUAAUUUAUAUUAUUAUGUACUUAGCGGCGACCACAUUGCCCGCGCAACAGAGCCGCCGCUACUCCCCCGAUCGAGAAACACGGCACGCACGGUAGUAAAAAGUCUUGUCAAAUGCUGUGAAUUAUCGUAUUAUUUACCGCCGAUAAAGAGGAAGGGGGGCAAUAAAUUUAACCGACAUUUUGCAUCGUUGAUGAUAAUUAUAUUUAUUGACGGGCCAAAACAAAUUGACGUAGCAUGGAAAACGAAAUUAACAUGAAAUAUUUACUACGAGAACAAAACGAAAAUUGUUUAUAAUAAUAUCGUAUGCCUGGACGGAAGUAUAAUAUUCGCCGUGCUGGUGGUACGGGUAGUGUGCCACCGGCACAACGUACCGGUGGGAACGCGCUAUGUUGGCACUCUUGACACGUGUCAAACCAACACUGAUAUACGUGUAUUGGAUUUGGAAAUUCAGUGUGUUUACAGUUUGGUUCAUCUUCACUUUUUCUUGCCCUGUCCCGACGUUCAGGUGUUCACUGGUCGCCGACGGGUUUUUGAAGUAAUUUUUGCUUUUCGUCGCAACCACCGUCCAACCGUGAUACCGUAUUUCAUUCGUAUUCGUACACGUUGCACAAAAAAUCAAUUACAAAAUGACUGUGCUCAAUAUUAAGGACAAAGUCAAAAACAACAAGCUGAACCUGAGCGGUCUGAACCUAACGGAAAUACCCGUCAAAGAAAUCGUAAGUGUUUGCCUAUGUUUCUAACAGUCCUCUAGUAUAUUAUUCAUUCUGCCUUUUUGGUCGUGCAUAAUCGCAUUGGCGGUCAUUGUUAAAACGUUAACUUUGCCAACAAUAUGCCACCGUUCUACUUUAACCUACAAAAAUCUUGGCCAACAAGACAUACCUAGUUAACGUGUAAGUGAUAAUCGUUUUACUUUAUUUCUCUAGGCUCCAUUGAAAGUCACUCAUCUAGACUUGUCCAACAACAAAAUCAGUUCAACAGAUGUAAGUGCUCUUUAACACCCAUUUUUUUUUUAUUGUACAUUAUUGAUUUGUUAUGUUGAAAAAUGUCUAGAAUGUGUUCUCAUCGUUGACUAGUCUGGUAAAACUCGAUCUAUCCAAUAACCAGAUUAAGAGUGUAGCUGGCGAUAUUGGUUCAUUGCAAAAACUCGCUCACUUAUCAUUAGCCAACAACAAAAUCAAAGAUUUACCUAAGGGUGUGAGUAAACUUAAACAGCUGAAACACUUGAAUCUGAGCAACAACCCAUUGAAAGCUGAAUUGGCAGAUGCUGUCGGACCCUCACAAAACAAUGCGCAGUUUCAAUCAGCAGCUGUCAAUGUAAUUCAGUAUUUCAAGGAUAAUAAGAGCGAUUCGAAAAAGCAAGGUAGUUGUCUUGUUAUUGUAUUAGUAAAUAAUAUAUUUAAUAUCAAUAAAAUUAAAUGGGGGGUUUUUUUUUCAUAGAUGAUAAACAAAAUAAAAAGAAGGACAAGAAAAAUAUCAAAGCAUCACCAAAUGGUGUACAAAAUGAUAAGUCAAAAAAUAAAACUAAACCGAAAAAGAAGUCUAGUUUUGUAUCAAAAGGUAUUUUUAUUUUCUUUAAGGGGUUUAAUAUUACUUACUAAGUCUAAUUUUAAAUUUUAGUUUUUGGAUUCUUUGGUAUGCUAAUUUCAUACACACUACUUUUGGUGGUGUUGAGUGGUUUGUCUUUGUAUGGAUUGUCAUACUAUGACAAGAGAGCAUAUGGCAAUGUUAAGGCUAAAAUUUUGCCUUAUUGGGUAUCGGCUACAUCAAAUUUGGAUCCGCAAGUAGCAGCUAAAGUCAAUUAUUAUCUGCAGCAAGCUGGAACUAAUUUCGAUUUGGCAGUUCAAACCAGUAUUGAGGCGUCUAUUAAGUCAUACAAAUGGGUUAAAGCAAAUCCAACUGUACAACAGUCUGUCAAAAAUCUAAAUAGUGCGUGGCAAUCUCUUUGGGAUAGCAUUUUCAAGAAAGGAAAAUCUACGUGAUCUGCGAUAUAGAUUUGAAGAGAAAAAAACAAGUUAUAAUUUUGUAUUGAUUUUUUUUUUUUUGUACGGCCGUAUAUAUUUCAUCUUUCAAUUUAUUUGGUAAAUUUUCUCAAAAAAAAUCUCGUCACAGCAUAUGUUAUAUACAAUUAAAAACUGAUUUAUAUGUAUGUAUUUACCUAUUAAUUUUGUUCUAUCAAAUAACUGAAUUUAUUGUAUAAUUUAAUUUUCUUAUUUUUUAUAAGUACCUAAAUUUAUCUUAUUUUAAUUUUAAUUAUACUUAAAUUUCAUUUUUAAUUAAAACUAUUUUAAAAAAAAAAAGAAUGUAUUAUUUUAGAUUCUGAGUGCAGCAAAGAAUGCAUUGGCGUUUUUGAUUUUUACAUGUUAAAUUUAAGUCCAUUUAAAGUUAUUAAAUUUAAAUUGGAUUUUAAAAUUAGCAUUGUGCACUUUUUAAUUUGAAAAAAAAAAAUUAAUACAACUUAUCAAACCAUUUUUUUUAUUCAUAUUUUUGAAAAAGUAGUAAUUCGUAAUUUGAUUUCCAACUAUAGUUAUUUAUUUAUUCUGUAUUGUAUGGAAAUGAAUUGCACUUGUUAAAGAAAUUUAACUCUUCAUAUAUUACAAAUUAUUAUGUGAAAUAAGACAAAUAUUUUGUUGUAAAUAUAUCAUACACCAUUUUUCUACCAAGAUGAAUAUAACACAAUUUCAAAAAUCUUAAAUUGUAAUAAAACAUUGAUACAUGGUAUGUAAAUUUACUAUACAAUGUGAUAAGAAAUGUUUUUAAUAUUUGAUCUUUAACUAUGUACAAUUUUGUAUCUGAUAAAUAGUUAUCAUUAUGCAAAAGGUACUUAAUAGGUCUAAUAUUAAUAUAUUUAAUUAUGUACUAUUUUUUAUUUGAUAAAUGGUUAUCAUUAUGAAAAAAGUACUUAAUAGGUUUACUAUUAAUAUUAUAUAAUUAUAUAAAACAAUUUAAUAUCUGUAGUUGUAGUUGUAUUAUCAAUUGUAACUAUUAUUUUAUUAUCACUAGUUAGCAUUUUUUGAAGUAAUGGAAGUGUAUGUCAAAAAAUUAUCUUACACUAAUGUUUUAAUGAUUUUUAAUUUUAAUAUUUUCCAUUAAUUGUGUACUGUCUGAAACAGUGGAGGAUAUUUUUUACCCGGUUACAGUUAUUGGUUUGUAUUAUAUCAAUUAUGUUUUAUCAUUUAAGUUUUGUAACAUAAUUACAAUCGGCUUAAAUAUUAUUAUUAAAUUGAUAAAUUAUGUUUUCGUGAGUACUUAUGAAUUUAUAACAUCUAUUGUAAUAUUAGAUAUCAAUCCAACACCUUAGAUGUAAAUAUUUGCAUAAUUCCGUUAUUGUAGGCAAAUUAUUAUUUAUAUCUAAUUUAAAAGAUAACAAUAAAAAUAAACAUGACCUGGGUCUAAAAGUAACAUAAUUUUUAAAUAUGUUAAAAACUCAAUAAAUAUUUUUAUAUAAAUUCAAAAUUUGUAUCUAUAGUCUAUAGAAGUUACUAGGCUAAUACAUUUGUAUAGUGAUUUUUAAAUUUGCUUGAUUGUGAAAUGUUAUCGGUUAAAUAGUAAAUAGUUAUAGUUGCAUUUAUUUAUUUUAUCAUAGAUUAACAAUAAAAAUGAGAUUUUAACAAAAUUUAAAUUUAAUAUAAUACAUAUUAAAAAAUGGUAAUUUUUAUAGAGAAAAUGAUGGAAAAAAUUAAUCCCAUAAAAUAUAUAUGCUAUUAAAUGAUG